UUUUACCGCCCUCGGAGUGGCGACUAAUGGGGCCGUCGUGGUGUCACGUAUCGUGCCGCGCAUGAAGCUGACGUUGUGUUACUGCGCAGCAGUAGUCGAACGUUCGCGGAGGCAUCGCACAUGGCUGGCGGCGUCUUUAUUAUGUGCGUACAGUUCAGCCUCGUGCUAUCGAGUCCAUAGGAAACGUUGCUCCCGACAGCACACGCGCUGCAUACAUUCGAUCUGUUCUCGGUCUCGAAACACCCUCGAACAACUAGAUCUCCGCGAACCUUUUCCCAGACACGCGUCAGAACGAUCGCUGGCUUGCUUUAUCUAUAUCAGUCGACAUCGCAUGGAAGACUUGGGCAAGAGAGCAUGGGGCACUUCUCAUCCAUGCGCAGCCCUUGCCCCUUCUCGGCCCUCGUUGCCAUACACUGCACGAGCUCGCACGCCCACGCGUGUCGCGCUUCGGCGAUUACUCGCGCGUAUCCAGUGCUUAUCUUUGCACCGAAGUCUGCACAGGACUGACGGAAUCUUCUCCAUAUGCAGCUGUUCGCCAGCAGCCGGCUGCGGUUAUAGCAUGUCUGCUCGUCCCCGCAUAUCAGAAGAAGAAGAAGCUGGUGGGCGACGUAUUUAAGGCCCCAACGGCUGUGAAUCUGCGUCUACCCCCCCCCCCUUUUUCCUUCUCUCGCGUACUUGAGGUCCCAUACGACUGAGAGACGGACUUGAAGAACA